AGAGCGCAGCUGAUCCUGCGCGGAGCCCGGCGCCCUCCCGCCCCGCGCCCAGGAACGCCGCCGGCCCCGGCUCCGGGCUCCGGGCACGGGCACGCCGCGAGCCGGGCAUGUGAGCUGCGCCCCGCGGCAUGGCAGCCUCAGGGGUGCCCAGAGGAUGCGACAUCCUCAUUGUCUAUAGCUCGGAUGCCCAGGAAUGGUGCCAGUACCUGCAGGACCUUUUCCUGUCCAGUCGGCAGGUCCGUAGCCAGAAGAUGCUGACUCACAGGCUGGGCCCGGAGGCCUCCUUCUCAGCCCAGGACCUAAGCCUCUUCCUCAGCUCCCGCUGCAUCGUGGUGCUGCUGUCCGUGGAGCUGGUGCAGCAAUUCUACCAGCCGGCCUUGCUGCCGCUGCUGCAGAGAGCCUUCCAUCCCCCGCAGCGCGUGGUGAGGUUGCUGUGUGGGGUGCAGGACAGCGAGGUAUUCCUGGACUUCUUUCCGGAUUGGGCCCACUGGCAGGAGCUCACCUGUGAAGAUGAGCCCGAGACUUACGUGGCAGCUGUGACGAAGGCCAUCUCUGAAGAUUCUGGCUGUGACUCAGUCACUGACACCGAGCCUGAAGACGAGAAGGUUGUUCCCUACGCAAAGCAGCAGAGCCUGCCGCCGGAGACUUCGCCUGGGAACCUGAUGGUGGUGCAGCCGGACCGCAUUCGCUGUGGGGCAGAAACCACUGUCUACGUUAUAGUGAGAUGUAAGUUGGACGAGAGGGUGACGACGGAAGCAGAAUUUUCUCCCGAGGACUCUCCCUCUGUAAGGAUGGAAGCCAAGCUGGAGAAUGAGUACACCGUUUCCGUGAGGGCUCCCAACCUUUCAUCUGGGAAUGUUUCUCUGAGGAUAUAUUCCGGGGACUUAGUGGUGUGUGAGACCAUCAUCAGCUAUUAUACUGACAUGGAAGAAAUUGGGAAUUUAUUGUCCAAUGCCGCGAAUCCUGUGGAAUUCAUGUGUCAGGCCUUUAAAAUUGUGCCCUACAACACAGAGACCCUUGACAAACUGCUGACGGAGUCCCUGAAGAACAACAUCCCUGCGAGUGGACUGCAUCUCUUUGGAAUCAACCAGCUGGAAGAAGAAGAUAUGAUGACAAAUCAGAGGGAUGAAGAGCUGCCCACCUUAUUGCAUUUUGCUGCAAAGUACGGACUGAAGAACCUCACUGCCUUGCUGCUCACCUGCCCGGGAGCCCUGCAGGCUUACAGUGUGGCCAACAAGCACGGCCACUACCCCAACACCAUCGCUGAGAAGCAUGGCUUCAGGGACCUGCGGCAGUUCAUCGACGAGUACGUGGAAACUGUGGACAUGCUCAAGAGUCACAUCAAAGAAGAACUGAUGCAAGGGGAGGAGGCUGACGCCGUGUAUGAGUCCAUGGCCCACCUCUCCACAGACCUGCUCAUGAAAUGCUCCCUCAACCCUGGCUGUGAUGAGGAUCUGUACGAGUCCAUGGCUGCCUUCGCCCCAGCUGCCACCGAAGACCUCUAUGUUGAAAUGCUACAGGCCAGUACAUCUAAACCAAUCCCUGGAGAUGGUUUCUCUCGGACCACUAAGGACUCUAUGAUCCGCAAAUUUUUAGAAGGCAACAAUGUGGGAGUGGCCAAUUUGGAGAGAGAGCUGCACCAUCCUGGGCAGGAAGAAGAUGUCUAUCACGUGGUGGAUGACGAUGAGGCCUUUUCCAUGGACCUGGCCAGCAGGCCCCCUGUCCCAGUGCCCAGGCCAGAGGCUGGUGCUUCUGGGGCUCACCAGCUCCCUGACAAUGAACCAUACAUUUCUAAAGUUUUUGCAGAAAAGAGUCAAGAGCGGCCUGGGAAUUUGUAUGUUUCCUCCGAGAGCAUCAGGAGAGAGCCACCUGUCAGACCGUGGAGGGACAGGCCCCAGUCCAGUAUCUACGACCCUUUUGCCGGGAUGAAAACACCAGGCCAGCGGCAGCUCAUCACCCUCCAGGAGCAGGUGAAGCUGGGCAUCGUGAACGUGGACGAGGCCGUGCUCCACUUCAAAGAGUGGCAGCUCAACCAGAAGAAACGCUCCGAGUCUUUUCGUUUCCAGCAGGAAAAUCUUAAACGGCUGAGAGAUAGCAUCACCCGAAGACAGAGGGAGAAGCAAAAAUCAGGAAAACAGACAGAUUUGGAGAUCACCGUCCCGAUUCGGCACUCACAGCACCUGCCGGGGAAAGUGGAAUUUGGAGUCUAUGAGAGUGGCCCCAGAAAAAGCGUCUUUCCCCCCAGGACAGAGUUCAGAAGGGGCGACUGGAAAACAGACAGCACCUCCAGCACAGCGAGCAGCACAAGUAACCGGUCCAGCACGCGGAGCCUCCUCAGCGUGAGCAGCGGGAUGGAGGGGGACAACGAGGAUAAUGAAGUCCCCGAGGUUACCAGAAGUCGUAGUCCAGGCCCCCUGCAAGUGGAUGGAACACCCCCCGCGCCCCUGGAGAGGCCCCCCAGGGUGCCUCCGCGAGCUGCCUCACAGAGGCCUCCAACCAGAGACACCUUCCAUCCUCCCCCACCUGUUCCACCCAGAGGUCGCUGAUUCCACCUCCCCAAACCUGCCUCCCGCAGGACUUUAAGACUCGCAAUUUUCAGCCUGUUACUGAGAUCUUCAUGUUGAGUUUGAUGGCCUGACUGCUGACCUUCAGAUCCAUUCUCAUUGCCGAUACUGUUGCGGCCCUGCUGGUUUGGGCUUUCCUUGAAGAAGACUUUAUUAAGGCGCGGAGAAGUGAAAAACGAAGGGCUUUUUUCACCACCACCAAGUGUAUUGGUCCAUAUGCUUGUUUGCCAAACAGAUGAAGACUUAAUCAGAAUACUUACCUCUAAUGUGCCAAAUCAGCAGCCAAAAAGAUUGAUCAUAAAUGUACUUUACAAGUGAUUUUACUGAAAUGAACUUAUAUUUGUUCUUAUGUAUUUGCUAGUCCAACCUAAUUUUUAGAAGUAUUUUCUAAAAGCAUUUUCAUAGUAUUCAAGUAAGAAGAUAAGUGACCUAAUUUUAAAUAAUUCUUCCACUUUUCUGUAUAUUCAGGAGGGUGUUUAAGUGCUAGGGCUGGUGACAAACAACAAACUGAAAAAGACUUUAGAGAGGGAUUAGUACUAACUCUUAUAAAAAAGGCAAAUCUAAGGUUGCACAGAAGUGUGGGACCAAGAGUAUUCCGCUGAUUAGACGAAGGGGGCAGUCUACACCUGUGCCUGCUGAUUCUAGGUCACUGUAUUUUCUAUCUCCAAAUAGCCAAUCCCUCUCUCCCUCAAGAAACGCCCAGAUGUAGAAAUUCAUCAGUGACUAUCAGUCUUCCAGAAGUUUCCUUCUUCCCUAUCUCCUAGGCAUGAGACUACCAAGUAAUUUUUUUUUUUUUUUCAAUUUGGGCAUCUAUACAUCAGUAUGGUUUCAAAACAGUUAUGCUGCCAGAGAACAUCUAAAAAUGGUUGGGACCCGGAAGCUUGGGAUGCCGGGGACCUCAUUUAUUGCUCUAUAUCCAUAUAGGUCUUAGUUCUGCUCAUAGAGAGAGAGAGGGGAGGAUCCUUGACUUUUUCUUUGCUGAGGGAUUUGAAGAAGAAGAAAGAACUUAAAGUAGAAAUACAGUCCACCUUCUGUAUCCAUGGGUUCUGUAUCUGUGGAUUCAACCAACCUUGGAUUGAAAAUAUUUGUAAAAAAAAUUCCACAAAGUUUAAAAAAGCAAAAUUUGAAUUUGCUGUGUGCCAAGUACCAUGUUGAAUCCAUGCAAAUGAAGUGAUAUAUAGGCAUUGUAUUAGGUAUUAUAAGGAAUCUAGAGAUAAUUUAAAGGACACAGGAGAAUGUGUAUAUGUUAUAUGCAAAUACUAUGCCAUUUUAUGUAAGGAACUUGAACAUCCGGGGAUUUGGGUACUGGGAGGUCCUGGAACCAAUCCCCCACAGAUACUGAGGUAGGACUGUAGUUAUCUCUUUCCUAUAUACUUAUUGUUACCAUCAGGCUUGGUAAAUCCAUUUGUGCAGAGGAUGUAAAGCCUUAAGUAUGUCAUGAAUUUGAUUCCCUAGCACAUAAGUCUACCUUCAAAGCAUGGAUCCUUACUGAUGCCUAAACCUACAGUAAAAUAAGUAUCAGAACCAUUUCUUUAAAAACUAUCAGAAAUCUUGUUGUUUCCUGUAGAAUUAUUCUCUUCCCCACACAGAUAUAUAAAAGCCACAUUACUAAUGAUCCAUGUAAGUACAGUUUUUAGGGCCCUUUUAUAAUAACUAAAGGUUCUUUCUCAGUCUCAACCCUCAGUCCAGCAAACAACACCACUUACUAAAGUUAACAAUUUCUGGAAUCUUGGGGGGAUUUUUUUGUUCAUUUAUUUUUUGACACAACAUACACUAUUGGCCAUGUCUGUCAUGAGAGUGUUUGUACAGAUUACUUUGUACAGAGUCUAGCAUAUAGUAAUCAUUCUGCAAGUGUUUCUUCAAGGGUCCCUUUACUGUCCUUGUCCCUUAUUUGGGAGAAAUAGGAGAAUGUGAAACAAGGAGAACAAGAAAUUACAAUGUGGUGUGAUUGUUCUUCCUGUUAUUUAUAGAUAGUCUCCAUCUUAAGUAAACUUGAUUUUGAUAAAAGCAACAUUUUUUUUAAACAUUCAAUACCUCUAAGCCCCCUUUUGAUGCCAAAUUUAGAAUUUUAUACAUUCUCUGAUGAACAAUCAUUUAGAUCAAUGACGUGGUAAAACCUAUUACCAGCUAAUGGUGUUAGCAUCUUUGUAUGUCACUGUUUGUGCAAUAUUGUACUGUUUUAUUGCAUUGUAUUCUUAUAUGAAAAUAAGUAGAAAACAUAAAAUUGAAAGUAUUGAUCAGAAGCCUGGGUCUCAUGAAUGUGACACCCUUGAGACAUGGGUGGAACGGAUUGCGAGUGCCAAGUCCAAAGUGGCAGGUCUUUAGCCCUCAUUGGUUGUUCACUGAACAUCCAAGAUGGUUGGUUAUAUGUGAAAGAAGAAAAUGAAAGAACUUGGGUGAAACGCUGGAGCUGUGAUGUCAACGAAUGUCUGUAAUGGUGAGGAGAAAUUUUUCAGUCUCUUGAAACAGAACUCCUCAUUUAUAACAUAAAUUUAUUCAAUUUCCACAUACUCAACACAUUUGUACACAUUUUCAGGAAGACAUUAUGUAAUAAAACUUUGGAUUUUCAAUACAGUAAGGAUCAGAAACUAAACUAUAAGCUGGUGUCCAAAGAAACUAUUAAAAGAUUUCCUACAUGGUGCCUUGGGGGACAGCUCUACUGCCACCAUGCUUGCCCAAGGUUUUACAAACUGGCUCCAUAGAAAGUGAAGCUAUUGGUCACAUUUGCUGCCAUUGCCUUUGCCCCUAAGGUAACUUGGCUUCUAAUUCUAGGCCAGCACAUAUCCUUCAUCCUAUAUUAAAACCUGAGAGCAGGUAAUCUAACUGUGUAUGCAACAAAGCAUGAAGACUGAGAGACCAUGAACAAGAGGUUGGUGUUGCAAUUAAAUAAUUUAACUUGACAUAUUUAAUGAUGUGAAUAAUUCCUAAUGUUUUGCAAUAAUUGUGUGAAGUGGUAGUAUAUAGAUAACUUCUAUGAAUAUUUUUACAAGUCAAGCUACGUUACCCCCCCCUUUUUUGUUUUGUUAUUAAAAGAGAGAGGUCCUAGUCACUUAUAUAUCAUCUCAAUAGCUGGGAUUUUUAGAUCCUCCUCCCAUAUGCCCCAGGAAUUAAGUUGGUUUUCUGUGCUCUUCUUUCAAAGAAUAGUGUGUGGGUUUGCAGUUGGUUGAUGAAGGAAACAUUAAUAACAGAUUUAUUUCUGAGAAAGACAAGUAGUUAAUUUAGAUAAUACUGAAAGAUUCAUCCUAAACAUCAAUCUUCAAUUUUUAGGCAUCUGCCUGUAUAAAUAUUUGCUUUGGUUUGAUAAAUAAAUUUUGUUGUUUUCAUUUCCAAGCAAGUUA